AUAAAGCCAGCGAUAACGCUAUAUAAAAAUUCGUUUUUGAGCUAGCGAUAUUAGUCUGUGAAGAUGACUUGUCGCGUGAUGAAGAGUGGCUUCGCUGUGUUCGCAGUAAUCGUCUGCCUGGGGCUUCAGGUCCCUGGGACAUCAUCCCACUUGUUGGAGAAGGAGUGCGGUUUAAGUUCGGAUGGUAUGAUGCCAAAUCACCUAAUAGCCUCGAGAAUCGUGAAUGGUAAACCUACGGGACGAGGAAAAUAUCCCUGGAUGGCCUUUCUGCACACUCCCACCAACUUUAGAUGCGCCGGAUCUCUUAUCAAUCACUGGUUCGUCUUGACUGCGGCUCAUUGCUUUGAAGAUGGGAUACAAUACACUGUUCGCUUGGGUGAAUACAAUAGAGACGACAAGGAAGAGGGUGAAAGGGAGUACGAUGUGGAUAUGACCUUGCCGCACAUUCUCUACAAUAAGAAAGAUCUUUCCAAUGACAUCGGACUGCUGAGGCUCACCAGGCGGGUUGAGUACUUACCUCACAUCCAACCCAUCUGCCUGUUUGUAAAUAGCCAGUUGAAGUGGCUGGUGGAAGAGGCCACCUGGUUUACGGCCACCGGCUGGGGGCAGACUUCUCCAAAAACGAACCCCCUUUCGAGUCGAAUUCUCCAAGAACUGCGCAUAAACCGCCGGAACCCAAUUGAUUGCGUCAUGGAGUUUGCACAACGCUUGACUCCCAAUCAAAUCUGCGUCGGUAACGAUGACGGUAAUCUCUGCCGAGGAGAUUCCGGGGGUCCCCAGGGCAGGUUGGUCGAGUUCUCAGGCGUGAUGCGCUUUGUCCAGAUGGGCAUCGCAAGCUACACCCAAGAAAACUGCGUCAAUGUGAGCAUUAUCACAGAUGUCGUGAGCUAUGCCGAGUGGAUCUACUGGUCGGUGAAGUUUAAUGAGCCACAAGAGCUAGACGAUUACUAG